ACAAUUAAUUCACCCAUUCACAUACGCACCGCACCAUAUCCAAACAAACCGCCAUAUUUUAUCAUUUUCACGUUGGCAUCAGCAAAAUGGAAAGCAUUUUUGUGUGGUGCGCCAUCGUUGUAGCUGUAUAAGUUCAAUGACAGAAGCGUACUAUCGAAAUUUAUUAUUUCGCUGAGUUUGUGUUGUGUCGCACCGAUCUUCUUCAUAUUAAAUUGGAAUAAAAAAAGAUUCUAGAUCCUAUAAAUCACGGUGUGGAAUUACGGUGAAAGUGAAAAAUACGAGAGAAACAACAACAAGCAUAUGAAAUCAAAACAAGAAAAUGUGUCAUACUGAGAAUUCCUGUGAAACUUAAAUUCAACAUUUAAAAAUUGCCAAUUUUUCUGUGCGGCUGAACAGAAGUGCGGAGAAAAGAGAGAGAUUUGAAUUCUCUAAUUAUGCCACCACAGCCACUAGAGAGUAUACAAAAUGCGGCUGCAACCGAUGGUGGUGGCUUCACAACUGAAGCAGCCCGAGGCGGUACCAUUUCGCUGGCUAUGCUCAUCGAUUUUAUCAUCCAAAGAACCUAUCAUGAGCUCACCGUUCUUGCUGAAUUAUUACCGCGAAAGACGGAUUUGGAGCGAAAAAUUGAGAUUUACAAUUUUUCGGCGAGAACAAGGCAACUAUUUAUUCGACUAUUGGCGCUAGUGAAAUGGGCAAAUUCCGCUUCUAAAGUGGAUAAAUCCUCACACAUUAUGAACUUUCUGGACAAACAAUCGAUGCUAUUUGUCGACACAGCUGAUACAUUGGCACGUAUGGCUCGUGAAACAUUGGUCCAUGCUCGUUUACCCAACUUCCAUAUACCAGCUGCUGUUGAAAUUCUUACAACCGGCACAUAUUCACGGUUGCCCACUUGCAUCAGGGAGAAAAUUGUUCCGCCCGAUCCAAUAACGCCAAGUGAAAAGCGUCAAACGUUGCUUCGUCUGAAUCAAGUGAUCCAGCAUCGAUUGGUGACUAGCCAUUUAUUGCCACAAAUGCGAAAGUUCAAAAUUGAAAAUGGACGCGUAAAAUUCCACGUUGAUCAUGAGUUCGAAGUGUCGUUGACGGUGAUGGGUGACGGGCCGGAUAUUCCAUGGCGUUUGUUAGAGAUUGAAAUUUUAGUGGAAGACAAGGAGACGGGUGAUGGCAAAGCGUUGGUGCAUACGUUACAAGUGAACUAUAUCCAUCAAUUGAUUCAGGCGCGUCUGGUGGAAAGUCCGAAUGCAUUGACCGAAGUGUUCAAUGUGUUGCAUUCAUUCAGUCAAUUGUUGCAAUUAGAAGUGCUCUACACACAAACGUUGCGCUUGAAAAUCGAUCGACUCGACGAUCACAUUCAUGUGGAUGAAUAUGUGCCAGGUGUUAAGUUGACCGUUUCAUAUUGGCGCGAAUUAACCAGCAAAGAUCCAAAAUCCGAAAUGGGCUAUCGAUUUACCGUGCAAACCGAUCCCAGUGAUAGUGCCAGACCGUUGGCUGUGCUGCAUAUGCCUGCGAUUGGAGCGAAAGAAUCGGCCGAUGUUGCCGAUCGUGCCGUUCGCUGUGAUCUACUUUCCAUGGAACGGCUACUAGUGCACACCGUUUACAUUCGGUCACUGGCACGACUUAACGAUAUCAAAGCCGAAUUCCAUACAUUUUUGAAAGAUGUCGACUAUCACUUGCAGGGCACCCCAGCUAUUCUUACUGUUCCAGUAUUGAGUCCUUGUUUGCGUGCCGAACAAAUUCACAUUACCGUUGAUACGCAUACGGGAAUGUUGCGGUGUCACGUGCCCAAGCAUCUGAAUUGUGCCGUGAUUCCGGAGCUGGAGACCGCAUUGAAUAAUGAUAUAAGUAAAUUACCGCAAUUGGUUAGUGAACUGCGAUAUUGGAUAACGCAAAGACGUUGCGAAAAGACAUUGCAACACUUGCCCGCCACAUCAUUUGAACUGUUGCCAUUGCUCUAUGCACCUGAUCCGGCAAUGGCGCGAACUGGACGGCAUAAAAUUUUCAUCAAAUUACAUCGCCACUCGAAUAUUAUUCUGGUGGUUGAAAUCAAAGAGAAACCAAACACAUCGUGUGAAAUGGAGUACAAAUUCCAUCUGAUAUUUGUCAAACACAUUGCUAUCGACGAAGAUCCCAAAGCACCCACACUGAAAUCGGAAAGUGACGUACCGCGAAAGUACUUAACCGUUCAAUCAAUGGUCGAAUUUGAUACAUUCACCGCAACGCAUGGUCCAGGAACUUAUCUGGAUGGUUCGAACAAACGAAAACACGGUUCAAUCGAUGGUCCUGCUGCGAAGCAGCCCAAAACCAUUUAUCCAGCCUAUUUCAUACCGGAACUGGCACAUGUGGUGGCAAUGUGCGACGAGAAAUUACCAUUCUUUGCAUUGGCUCAAGCGCUUAGUAAACGGAAACUUAAUCACACUGGCCUACAGAUUGAAGCCAAUUCAACCAGUUUAGUAUUAAAACUGCUGACACUUCCAAUGCCCGAAGUUAAGCCGGCUGACAAUAAGAAGUCCAUUCCACCGAUAGAUCCAACCGUUUGGAAUGCUUUGUUGAAGCGACUGCUUUCAGUGUCGAUUCGAUCGCAUGUGAGAAACAACAAUUCACGUUUUUGGACAGUCGAAAUUAUCUUCUAUGAAACUCCGUUGAAAAGUAAACAUCAUCGAGAACAAGGAAAACGUCGUCCGAUACUAUUCCAGUAUGAGAUGGGCACCACUGAUUCUGUAAAUCACACCAUCGACAGCCUUUUGAAUGAUUGGUCAAAAAUAGUCUACUUGUAUCUGUUAGUUCAUGAUUUUGCCGAACAAUUCAAAAAUGAAAUGAAUUUACAAAAUUUUGUAGUAGUUAAAUCAUAUUCGUAUACAAACCUAUUGAUUGGUUAUGGUCCGAAUAAGGAAGUUGCUGUCAGUAUAUUCUGGUGCACAAAGUCCAAAGAAUACAAAAUGAUUUUCAACGGUGGCAAUACAGCGAUAAAUGCUCACACAAUAAUGCGCGAACAACUCCAAGCUCAUCUCAAUCGACAUCACAAUUUAUCGCAAAUAGUGCACAUUAUUCACGAAACAUACGAUCCGCUUAGCUUCAUUGCAAAACUGCCGAUUAUUCCGCAAUUGGGGAUACCAAGACCAUUGAAUCCAGUUUUGUCAUUCUGUAUUUUACCUCAAUCGCCCACAUUGUUGCGUGUAUCGUAUCAAGCGAUGUAUUGUAUGGAAAUUCGACUGCGUGGCGGUGGUUUAGUUUCAAUCCGAGAUGGAGCAUACAGUCGUUUUGACCGAAGCAAUGUUGUUGAAGAGUUUACACCCACACAGGGGCUUAAAGGAUUUCUAUCAAAAUAUGUGGACGAAUCGGCUGUGUAUCGACGGCAGUCACAAUCAGAAGAUGAUAAUCCACCAUCGCCCAUCACAAUGGAAGAUUCUCACGGUGGAUCAUCACCAUUCUAUAAUGCAAACUUAAGCCUAAGACCACCACAAAGCCCACGUGAUGCUGGCCUACGCUUUCAACAGCCAAUUACUCCGCCCUCAAGUUCAAACCCACAUACGCCAGCUAGUCCACACAUGAUUGGUCAAAAUCAUCCGCAUAGCAGCUUUAGCAUGACUUCACCACCUGGAUCGCAUCCACAAUUACCGCAUCCAUCGCCUAGCGGAAAUCUGAUGCCAUCAAGUCCACUGAAUCCACAACCCAGCCCAAUGACAGCUCAUUCACCUGGCCCAAAUCUAGCUUAUAUGCAAUCUCACCCUGAUAGUAGCCCAUUCGCAUCAUCCGCUAUGUCACCAGCUGCCGCAAAUUGGCCUGGCUCUCCACGACCUUCACCACGACCCGGACAAAGCCCAGAACAUAAAUUACAACCACAAGCCAAUGCGCCUCAUUUAUCGCGUGUUAUUCCGGCUCGUUCAUGGGCAGGAGCAGUGCCAACGUUGUUAACGCAUGAAGCACUUGACACACUGUGCCGGCCAUGUGCGCAUCCACAGAAAGACAUUCCGGGACCUGAGCUGAGCCCAAUCGAAAGGUUCUUGGGUUGUGUAUCAAUGAGACGAAAUCUGCAACGGCUAAUUCAAGCAGAUGAAGCGCUAAACUAUAUAACAUCCACUGAGCCGGGUGUUGUGUUGUUCAAAGCGGAAUCGUUGCAAUGCCAAGUAUUUUUGAAUCCAGCCCACAUGCAAUCUCUACAUAUGAAAAUUUCACCGUUGCCAGCCGAGGCUGGAAAGCCAACCGUUCAGUGGAGCCCAGAAGAGUUACAAGUGAUAGAGCAAUUCUUUGAUUUCCGAGUGGCGGCUCCACCAUAUCGACCGUCCACAUUGUGUGGUUUCGGUAAAACAUUGACGUUGCCACCGAUUGUGCUGAAGGAUGUUGUACAGUUGAUGCGAUUGGAUUUGCAGCCCGAACUCCUGCAGCCGGGUGCUAAAUGGAAUUUACAACUAUGUAUGCGUGUACCACCAUCAGCGUCAUCAUUUCAAGUGGUUCCCGUUGGAAAUGCGGGCGUUUUGACUUGCCGCGAAAAAAUUCUAUUUUUCUUGCAAUUGACACGCAUUCCAUUCAUGCCUGGCAUGGAUUGGAAGGACUCUUUGACACUGGUGCUUCCGUUGGUGCAUGUUGUUACCAAGAAUUUAACACAACUGGUGAGCCGAGAGAAUGUACAAUCACCAAUAGUGCAUGCGGUCAAUGAGCAUCUCAAGCGAUUCUCUGAAUAUACGGCGCACAGUGGUAUUGUUGGUGAAUGUUCAUUGUUCCCUGCCGUGCGUGAUCUUCUCAUGAAUUUCAUUUUGCCAAAUGAAAUAUCACCAGCGCUACCCAAUCAAAUUGUUUCAUCACCGAUGGGCGCCAGUCCCAAUCCGAUGAUGCAUUCACCGAUGCAAGCAAUGAAUCAACCGGGCAAUGCACCAACAAUUGGCGUUCCAGUUCAGGGGCAACCAUAUGGCGGUAUGGGUGGUGUGUAAAGAAAAUCGCUCAAAAUCUGUGAACAAAUAAUGAAAACAAUGGAAAAAAAAUUGCAUGAAAAAUCUUCCGUUCAAUUACAUCGAUCCGUGUGAAAUUCCCUUGUGGAACCAAUGCGCCUUCACCACACACACAUCAAUGUCGUCAAGAAUUCAGCGAAUCAAUUCACCACGACAAGGGAAUACAAAACUUUAAUUAUUUAGUAGAAAUAUUUAUUUUUAAUACGAAAAAUAACAAAUAAUAACAAAAACAACAAAGUAAACAGCGAAAAAAAAUUGCAUAUUGAUGAAAUUGAUUAUUUCUAUUUUAAUAUUUUAAUAAAAAUGAAAUGUACAGAUCAA